GAGAAGACUGCACAUCUCAUCACUCCUGCAAGAAAGUUAGAGGAAGCGAACAAAACUGCUCAGAUAAUGGGGUUUUAAACUCAACAGUCAUCAUGAAGACAGACUUUUAAAUGUUAUUUUUUCCUCCUAAAGUGUCGGUGUGGCUCUCGGUGGAGCAGCUUUACUCACUCCUUUGCCCUGGAUGCUGAGAUGCGCAGAAAGUGACAGCGGCUUCAUCUCUUCUACAGUCCUCAACAAGUUAUAAAACGCCAUGAAAGACGACUUUGCAGACGAGGAGGAAGUACAGUCUUUUGGAUACAAGAGGUUCGGGAUCCAGGAGGCCACCCAGUGCACUAAGUGUAAGAAUGAAUGGGCGCUGAAGACCUCCAUAGCUCUGCUCUACGUGCUGUGUACCCUCCUCACCAUCGCUGUUGCUGUGCUUGGAUAUAAAGUUGUGCAAAAAGUCGACACUGUGUCCGAAGGUAUUGCAAACUAUGGGGGAAAGAUCAUCGCUGUUGAGACUGACCUAAAAAAGCUUGAUGAUCAAACGGGAGAGAAGUCAGAGAACACCACCACAGAGAUCCAGGCUUUCAAGAACAACAUCUGGAGCCUUCAGAGGCAGCUGUCUGCGGUGGAGGAACGCAUCCACAGCGAUCAAGUUAAGCUGAGUCAGCUGCAGAACAUCGACUCAGACAUCCAGAGCAGCCAGGGCUCCAUUCAAGGGCUGCUGGAUGGCAACACAGCCACCUUACACUCAGUGAACAGCACCCUGCACUCUUAUGGCAGCAUCAUCGAGGGUCUUCAGGAAGACACAGCCAGGCUGCAGAGAGAGCUCCAGCAGCAGGUGAAACUCCAGGACCAGGCUCUCCUAAGCAUCAGCAGUUUAAACUUCACACAGGCCCAGCAGAGAGUCCUCAUCGCCGUCCUGCAGCACUCGGUGGAUGACACCAGCCAGGCCAUACAGAAAAUGCGCAAUGACUUUCAGAGCAUCGAGCAGACAGCCAGACAAGCUCAAGCUGAUGCUGACUGGCUGCGUAGUAAAGUGGAAAAUCUUCAGGUAAUGGCUAGUAACGUAUCAGCACUCGCAAAGGCCAACAAUGACAGCCUGGACGAGGUUGGGUCACAGCUGGCUUUUAUGACCAACCAGCUCCAGAACACCAGCAGCCUGGCUGACGCUCACGACCAAACCCUGAGAGAGAUUUUAGACCAGCAGAGAGACUUUACUAAUCUCACAUCCACCAAGUUUGAGCGGCUGGAGGUGCGGCUUGACGAGACCGAGCAGAGUAUCGACCGUGUGACGGGUAACAUCAGUUUCACCACACAGCUCCUGGGCGCCAUCAACCUUAACCUGAACGGGUUACGGACCUGUUCUGAGACGGUGGGGCACCACUCGGACAUCCUGCUGAGCCUUAACAACAGCAUGACAGAUGCCAGGAUGGACGCAACCACUCUGAGGUCCCAGCAGGAGGAGCUGGCCGCACGUUUGGACAAGGAGGUCACAAACCUCUCUAUCGUCAUGGAGGAGAUGAAGCUGGUGGACACCAAGCACUCCCAGCUAAUAACCAACUUCACCAUCUUACAGGGCCCCCCUGGACCCAGAGGGCCAAGAGGGGACAAAGGACCUCAGGGAUCGCCUGGUCAGACUGGUCAAAAGGGAGAAAAAGGGGACAAAGGUGCUCCUGGAAUUCGAGGACCUCGAGGAGAGCAGGGUACACCAGGACCACCAGGUCUACCAGGGCUGAAAGGUCUUCCUGGUGUACCCGGCAGUCCUGGAUCCAAAGGCUCACGGGGGUCCGGUGGAAGGGCCGGACCUCCUGGAACUAAAGGUGAGCCAGGUGCUGCCGGCUUGCCUGGGAGAGAUGGACAGCCGGGUCCUCAGGGGGCACAGGGUCCACCAGGUAUCAGAGGCGCAAUGGGACCACCUGGGGAGCAGGGCCCAAGAGGACUGCCAGGACCAGUGGGGCCUCCUGGACCCACAGGACCACCAGGACAACCAGGAAUCCCCAUCAGGGUUCCUCAAGCACCUUUGGGACCAGUGUCACUGCAGGAUGAGGCAGUCGCUCCAACGCUAUGGGCCCCAGGAUGCCCUCCUGAAUGGAUGAACUACAGAGACAAAUGCUACUUUUUCUCCAAAGACCUGCACAGUUUUGACGAUGCAAAGGCAACCUGCGACUCAACAUCUGCAUCAUUAGUGAUUAUAAAUGAUGUAGAGGAACAGAAAUGGCUGAAGAAGCAGACGUUUGGAAAGGGUUACUUCUGGAUUGGUCUGACCGACAGAGAGGAGGAGAACGCUUGGCGCUGGCUGGACGGGACUGAACCUGUUUUCACAAGGUGGAAGCCUGGUCAGCCUGAUAACUGGGGCCAUGGCCAUGAAACAGGAGAAGACUGCGCGGGGCUCAUCCAUGAGGGAUUAUGGAACGAUUUCUUCUGUGAAGAUCUCAUUAGCUACAUCUGUGAGAAGGACAUGGAGACCUCGAGAUCACCUGGAUCGUAGCGACGUCUUGAAAGUGAGCUUGCAGUGAGCAGCUAGACUCCUUCCAUGUGACACUGGUCCACUGACACAGCACAUGGAGAGUCCGCACGGAGAGAGCAAAGGGACAAUCUUGAAACGAGCCCAGGGCUGCAGCCGGACAUCUCUCCAGUGCUGAAGAAAGAGAUGCCUUUCUCCUCCAAAGUGAACCCAGUUUAACUUCACAACUUCAGCACGUGCAAUACAGCAGGGCAACCAAAGAAGGAGGACUUUUAAAAUCAUCAACUGAUUUAUAUAAAUCUAGACAUUUUUAUGGUUAUUUGAAAUACAUUUUAUAAUUCUGUACUCCAUGUGCAACUGAAUAUCUGAAUGUAUAUUUCAUUAUGCAACUUUUGUAGGAAAUUAUAAAUUCUAUGAGGCCAAGUGGACUUACUUUAGUGCUUUUAUAAAAUACAAGAAUUAAAUGGAGAGGUGCAAAAUGAAGACAUGGGGCCACUGAUGUGCUAUCUUUGAUGAGGAAUCUGUUAUCUAACCUCAUGAAUGUCUAUAUAGCAUUUUCAUUUAUACCAGUAGGAACAUAUUUACACACAGGCAGAGAAUUGUCACAAUCAGCUCCAGUUUACAGUUAAACACUCUGAAUAUGAUACAGUAUUAUGUGAUUAUAAGAUCCAUUUUUCACUCCUAUAGAUCCUGGUUUGUUUAUAUGAAUCUUUGGAUCCUACAUACAUUUAUUAAAUGUGCCAUUUUCCGCUCUCAGGUACUGUUUCCUGUGAAGAAAUAAACACAUUCCAGAGGAUGAAGGAAACACAAAUAAAUCUGUAA